AGAAGCCAGUCAGCGUCGCCGCGGUUCCCGGUUAUAAAGUCCUCACGGUCCCGCCGGGACUCAGAUUUUCCCCCAAACGCCGAGAAUGCAGGUCAUGGCGCUCCGAACCCUCCUGCUGCUCGCGGGGGCCCUGGUCCUGACCGAGACCCGGGCGGGCUCCCACUCCCUGCGGUAUUUCAACACCGCCGUGUCCCGGCCCGGCCGCGGGGAGCCCCGCUUCAUCUCCGUCGGCUACGUGGACGACACGCAGCUCACGCGGUUCGACGGCGACGCCGCGAGUCCGAGGAUGGAGCCGCGGGCGCCGUGGGUGGAUCAGGAGGGGCCGGAGUACUGGGAGCGGAAGACGCAGAUGUGCAAGGACACCGCACAGGCUUUCCGAGUGAGCCUGAACAACGUGCGCGGCUCCUACAACCAGAGCGAGGCCGGGUCUCACACCCUCCAAAGAAUGGUUGGCUGCGACAUGGGACCGGACGGGCGCUUCCUCCGCGGGUACUGGCGGGAAGCCUACGACGGCGCCGAUUACAUCGCCCUGGACGAGGACCAGCGCUCCUGGAUCGCUGGGGACGCGGUGGCCCAGGUCGAGAAGCGCAAGUGGGAGGCGGAGGGAUAUACGAAGAGCGUCAGGGCGUACCUGGAGGGGACGUGCAUGGAGUCGCUCCGGAGAUACGUGGAGAACUGGAAGGAGGCUCUGCAGCGCACAGACCCCCCAAAAACAUAUGUGACCCACUACCCUAUCUCUGACCAUGAUGUCACCCUGAAGUGCUGGGCCCUGGGCUUCUACCCUAUGGAGAUCAUACUGACCUGGAAGCGAGAUGGGGAGGACCAGACCCAAGAUACGGAGACUGUGGAGACCAGGCCUUCAGGGGAUGGAACCUUCCAGAAGUGGGCAGCUGUGGUGGUGCCUUCUGGGGAGGAGCAGAGAUACACGUGCCAUGUGCAGCAUGAGGGGCUACCAGAGCCCCUUACCCUGAGAUGGGAACCACCUUCCCAGCUCACCAUCACCAUUGUAGGAAUUGCUAGCCUGGUUCUCCUUGGAGCUGUGGUCGUGAGUGUUGUGAUAUGGAGGAAGAGGAGCUCAGGUAGAAAAAGAAGGAGCGACAUUCAGAAAAGCAUUGACAGUGCCCAGGGCUCUGAUGAGUCUCUCGUGGUUCCUUAAAGUAUGAGGCAGCUGCCUUGGGUGGGACUGAGCAAUGCAAGAUUUGUUCAUGACUUCCCUUUGUGACUUCAAGAACCCUGACUUCUCCUUCGACAAUUGGAAUCUGUGGAGGUAGGGAGACUAGCCCACUGCCUACUCAACACGACCCUCUCCCCACAGUGACCUGUGUUCUCUUCCCUGAUCAACUUGCCAUUUCCAUCAGAGGCUGGGAUGGGACAUCUCCAUCUCUGUCUCAACUUCAUGGUGCACUGAGCUGCACCUUCUUACUUCUCUAUUAAAAAGAAGAAACUGGAUAUGGAUUUUUUUUUUCUUCAAAUUCUUUCAAUGAGUUGGGAUUGAUGGAUUAAUUAAAGGAAAGGAAGACUUAAAUUGGAGAGAGGCAAUAAAUGAAAGACCUGAGAACCUUCCAGAAUUCGU